GCCUCUAUAUAUAUAUAUAUAUAUGUAAGUAGUGCAUCGACCCACUCACAAUCGAAGAGUAGGUUUUAGAGAGAGAGAGAGAGAGAGAGAGAGAGAUGAGGGUGAAGCGGCAGAAGCGGCAUCGCAAGGUGGUGCGCUUCUACUCGACGUGCUUCGGCUUCCGCGAGCCCUACAAGGUGCUCCUCGAUGGCACCUUCGUCCACCACCUCCUCCUCCACGGCCUCGCCCCCGCCGACUCCUCCCUCUCCCACCUCCUCGGCUCCCGAUCCCUCCUCUUCACCACCAGGUGCGUUAUCGGGGAGCUCAGAAGCCUCGGGGAGUCGCACGCCGCGGCGGUCGAUGCCGCGAAGCAGCUCAUCACCGCGAGGUGCGAGCACGAGAAGAGGGUGAGUGCCACCGCGUGCAUAGAAUCGGUGAUCGGGGAGGAGAACUCCGAGCAUUUUUUUGUUGCGACGCAGGAUACCGAUCUCCGGAAAAAGUUGCGCGAGGUACCCAGUGUUCCCAUCAUAUUUGGUCUUAGGAACUCUUUAUUUAUUGAGCAACCCUCUUCACAGCAGCGUGAAUUUAUUAAGUCAACUGAAGAGAAGCGCUUGCACAUGAGCGAAUCAGAUUUCCAGAAGAUACAUAAGAGGGCUUUAAUGGGAAAAACAGCAGAAGGUUCUGAUGGAGAUGUUGAAGAACAGGCUGCAAGAACUGUCAGCAAUACUGCGAGAAGGAUGCUUGGUGUGGCACAGAAGAGUAAAUUCAAAAGGAAGAAAGCAAAGCGUCCGAACCCACUUUCGUGUAAGAAGAAGAAACCAAAACCCGAGGUCUCACUUCCUAAAGUCCAGGAGGUUAAAGCCGAGGUCGCUACGAAGAGAAAAAGGAUUAGGAAGCGCAACAGAGUUAGCAAGGAUAGUAAACCUGGAGAGACCGAGACCUAGGAAGUAAAAGAUGAUGCGUAGCUGAGUAAGCUGGGAAGAAUCUCCUGACCACUGGUAUUUGUGCGCUAUUCGAUUUUGAUAUAUCUUGUGCUAAAAUGAGACAUGAGAUGUAUGGUUUGAGGGGGCAAAUUUCUCUAUUUUCACAGAUUCUUCCUAAUAUCAAUUUGUUUUCGCUCCGCUUUUUUAUUUUAU